UGUGUGUCUGUAUUUACUGUCCGGCUGGAAACUUCUGCUGCAAGACAAGGCUGACACGAAGGGUUUUGAGAAAAUACUAUUGUUAUCGCGCAGGAAGGUUUUUAAACGAUCUAAUACGACAUUCAAUAAUAUAUUUUAAUGUCCAAAACGCAAAUACAGGCAGUGAUAUGACAAACACAAACACUUGUUUUAAUAACAGCGCGUCGAUCAGGAACCUGCAGCUCGGGUUGUUUCCAUUUGCAGCGACCUGUUGUCAGAAUAGAAAAAUCUAACAUUUUAACAGAACGUCAGCUUUGUAGCUUCACUAAGCUUUCGUUUCUAGCAACUGUGAGACGAAAUGUCUUCUGUCAUGUUAAAUCCCUCGAAUCGGUAGCGUAUCUAUAACCUUAUUUUUCAGUCCAAUGGUGACAGCUCAUCUAGCUAACUGGCUAGCCGAGGUUGAGUUUACCAUCAUGGACAGGGAGGCGUACCGUAACUGCUGCAGCUGCAAAAUCACAAGACAGUCUUAUGAACAGUUUUGGUCUUCACAUUUUUUAGAUUACAUCGACAAGGAGCUAAGCUAUUCCAAGUUUUUCAAGAAAUACUUGCUUCCAAACCACCCAUGUAUGUUUUCGAAGAGGUUAGAGGACUGGAGGUGUAGGAAAGAGUGGGUGUCUGAGGAGGGGAAGCCUAAUUUCCAGAAACUGCUACAACAGUUUGAUGAGACUGCUGUUCCUGUUGCAAACUGCAAUGCAAAGGAGUAUAAUGCAAACCCCAAACAAGUAAUGCCUUUUAAAGAAUUUAUACAAUACUGGAAGGAAUACAUCCAGAAUGGUCACUCAUCACCGAAAGGAUGUCUAUAUCUAAAAGACUGGCACAUGGCAAGGGAUUUUCCUGAACAUAAUGUUUACACCACACCCGUCUACUUUUCUUCUGACUGGCUGAAUGAAUACUGGGAUACACUUGAAGUAGAUGACUACCGGUUUGUCUACAUGGGACCCAAAGGCUCAUGGACUCCGUUCCAUGCCGAUGUGUUCCGCUCCUACAGUUGGUCUGCAAACAUCUGUGGCAGGAAGAAAUGGCUCCUCUAUCCCCCCGGUCAGGAGGAGUUUUUACGAGACACUCAUGGCAACCUCCCUUAUGACAUCACAUCAGCUGAACUUCGAGACAAGGACCUUUUUCCACACUUUGAGGAAGCCUGUCAGCCCCUUGAAAUUAUUCAAGAGGCAGGGGAAAUAAUUUUCGUGCCCAGUGGUUGGCACCACCAAGUUUAUAAUCUGGAGGACACCAUCUCUAUUAAUCAUAACUGGCUUAACGGCUGCAACAUAGACAUCAUGUGGCAGUUCCUUCAGAAUGAGCUGUCAUCAGUUCAGAAGGAGAUUAAUGAAUGGAGAAACACAAUGGACUCGUGGCAUCAGCACUGCCAGGUAAUCAUGAAAGCCUGCUCCGGUAUCGACUUUGGAGAAUUUGCCUCAUUCCUGAAAAUUGUUGCCAAGAACAGGAUGGCUUUCCUGAAUGCUUGUUCCUCUGGAGAUCCCUCCGAUUACCCCCGACAUCUGUCAGAGACACUCACCACUCUUGGACCUUACCACGCUGCCUUUGACCUGCAAAGAGUGGCUCACAUAAUCGAAUGCCUACUCUGCAACGAAGACUUCAAGCGGCUGGAUCAUUCAACUUUGACUUUGCAGCCAGAAACCAUGCUACAGCAAAUUCGUGACACCAUACAAUCCACCAGGGGGCAGCAUCUCCUCUAUCAGGAAUAAGAUGUGCAGUGGUAUCACAACGAUGUACUCAUCACCUGGAAAUGGCUUGAAUGAAAAGUGCCAAUUUGUAUAUUCUUAAAAAAAGAUGAUGAUUAAGGUGUUGCUUCACCUUUGGUUUGAGAUGGAUCUCAAUUUCAAGUGAUGCCUGGGAAUGUUUGGAUUUUGCUUUUGCACUGAAAGAUAAUAUGGUAAAUAAAAACAUGAUGGAGUUUUGUUGUUCCGUUUUAAA